CCUUGCCCCGCCCUCUGCUCCUGGGGUCAGGGGGGGCUUGAGUGGCUUAACCUCCCCCCCCUUUCUUGGGGUGCAACCCGACGGGCUCAGCCCUGCCCCAGCCCCGCAGCUGCUAGGCAGGAACGACUGGUGCCCCCCCCCCCGCUCUGGUUUCCUGCAGCCGCCCCCAUUCCCUCUUUCUUUCCCUUGAGAUUGGCACCGCAGAAGCAGCUGGCGAUGGACGUCUUCGGGGACUUGCGGCGAAUGAACAAACGCCAGCUAUAUUACCAAGUAUUAAAUUUUGCCAUGAUUGUGUCUUCUGCGCUUAUGAUAUGGAAAGGUCUGAUUGUCAUCACAGGAAGUGAAAGCCCUAUUGUUGUGGUACUCAGUGGCAGUAUGGAACCAGCAUUUCAUAGAGGAGACCUGUUGUUCUUAACAAAUUUCCAAGAAGACCCUAUUAGAGCUGGUGAAAUAGUUGUUUUUAAAGUUGAAGGCAGAGAUAUUCCAAUAGUUCACAGAGUAAUCAAAAUCCAUGAAAAAGAAAAUGGAAACAUCAAAUUUCUGACUAAGGGUGAUAAUAAUGAAGUUGAUGAUAGAGGCUUGUACAAAGAAGGUCAGAACUGGCUAGAAAAGAAGGAUGUUGUUGGAAGAGCGAGAGGCUUUUUGCCUUAUGUUGGGAUGGUUACCAUAAUAAUGAAUGACUACCCAAAAUUUAAGUAUGCUCUUUUGGCAGUAAUGGGAGCAUAUGUAUUACUGAAACGUGAAUCCUAAAACAAGAAGAAAAAGGCCUUGCCCAAGCUUGAAGUUAAAACUAUUGGAAAAACUAAUAUAUUUCAAAUGUUCCAAUUUCUUUAUCAGGUUACACAAAAACAUGCAAACUUAUUUGUUUUGUCCAAAUAAAUUGAGUAAUGAGUAAA